AUGACUCUUGCAUUCGUGCCUGUUCCUGAUGAUCUUAAAGCUUAUCCAUCUAUGAUUAAUGAUUUUGACGAUGAAGAUUGUUCUUUAGUUGAUUAUUUCGAACGAGUUUGGGUUGUGUAUAACGCUAACUUAGGUAGUCGACACAGUGAACCAAAAUUUAGUUUACAAUUAUGGAAAAUUUAUGAACGAGGUAUACAAGACUUACCAAGAUCUAAUAACGCUGUCGACGGAUGA